UUUCCUUGACAGCAUAUGAAAACUGAGGAGUUGCUGAUCAACUGCAAAUUAUAGCAGUCAAAGUCGAUGUCACUCUCUGUGUGUGUGUUCUCUUGUGUGCUGUCCAGCACAGACGAGUCGUUGACUGUGCCAAGCGACAACAAUAUCCGUGAAAAGGCUCGAAUUACAAGCAGGCAAACGUGGCAAGCAAACGACAACGACGUCGUCGACGUCGACGUUGGCAUCCUUUUGGCCAACGUACUAAAGCAACCCUCUUUUCACCGCAAGUUAAUGGACCAAGCUCCACAACAGAGUCAGAGUCAGAGUCAGGGCAAAAAAACAGGCCUGAUUAUCAACGCCAUUGUCACAUCUCCAACGACAACGAAGAGUCUUGCAACAAAAACACAAUGCCUGGAAAUCCAAUUAUGACAUAAAAAUUUGCGUAAAUUGUGAAAUGUAAAUUUUGUCAACACUUUUUGGCAACUAAAAAAGGGUUUUUUGGUGUGCCCACCCGCAACGCAAGAUAAGCAAGCUAAAAUUAUUAUUUGACACACGUAAAUUUUUUCGGGGGCGGCAGCGAUAAUAAA